GUGGAGCUGGACAACCAAGAGCUGUCGGGCACCAUCCCUCCGCAGCUGGGCAUAUUUUGGCAGCUGCAGGAACUUUACCUGGACGGCAACGCCAUCUCGGGCACCAUCCCUGCGGAUAUGGGCAAGCUCUCGCAGCUGCAGAAUCUUUACCUGCACGGCAACUCCAUCUCGGGCACCAUCCCUGAGACGGACAAGUGGUGCCCGCAGCUGAAGGAAAUUUACCUGUACAACAAUGACAUCUCCGGAACGGUGCCG